AUGAUACGUAUUCGCCGCCUUUGGCUCAUACCGGCCUUCUUCGUCUCAUGUAUUCUGUAUUACCAAUUCCUCUAUCCCAAAGAACCUUCAUCGUAUGCCUUGCCUCGUGUAGAAGUCCACUGGGUGAAACAUCAAGAGCGCUACCCAGUAAAAUCCUAUCGUGCCCUACCCACUGGCCCUCUUACUCAGAUCCCAAGAAUACAGUAUGAUUUCGCAUCACACCCCGAGUCCAUCGAUGCCAAAGCCAUCCGAGAGAAGCGACAAGCUGCAGUGAAAGAUGCUUUCCUACAUUCUUGGAAUGGAUACAAGAAACAUGCAUGGACACGUGACGAGGUUGCUCCCAUCAGCGGCGCAUACCGGUCGAGUUUUGGUGGAUGGGGUGCCACCUUGGUUGACACGAUGGAUACUUUGUGGAUCAUGGAUCUGAAAGCCGACUUUGACUUAUGUGUCAAUGCGGUCAAACACGUAGAUUUUACUACGAAUGAGGAGGAGACUUUGAAUGUAUUUGAGACUACUAUACGAUACAUGGGUGGGCUUCUUGCCGCGUAUGAUCUAUCUUCAGGACAGGACAAAGUCCUGCUUGACAAGGCUACUGAGCUGGGCGAGAUUUUAUACUCUGCAUUCGAUACUCCAAACCACAUGCCCAUGGCGCGUUGGAGCUGGAAGCAGAGCGCACAAGGUCUUCCAAUUGAACCUAGCGAGUCUACGCUACUCGCUGAGCUUGGGAGUCUGACUUUGGAGUUCACAAGGUUGAGCCAACUUACAGGCGACCCCAAAUACUUCGAUCUGGUUACCAGAAUAGCUGAAUUGAUGCAACUGCACCAGGAUCAAACCAACAUUCCCGGAUUGUGGCCCACCAUUGUGAAUGCAAAGGCGUUGACCUUUGAUUACAACCAUUUUACCUUUGGCGGUAUGGCCGAUUCGACUUACGAAUAUCUGCCCAAGCAAUAUAUGCUUCUUGGAGGUCGUGACGGAAAGUACAAAAAGAUGUAUGAGGACGCCAUCGAAGCAGCGAAACGAUACCUGUUCUUUCGUCCCAUGCUCCCUCAAGGUGAAGACGUUUUGUUUAGCGGAAAUGCCCAAUUAGCGUCUGUCAACAAUACUCCAACCUCGAACCUCGAACCACAGGGCCAACAUUUGACCUGCUUCGUUGGUGGUAUGGUAGCUAUCGGUGCCCAAAUAUUUUCUCGUCCUGAAGAUUUGCGCACUGCAAGGCGAUUGGUCGAAGGUUGCAUCUGGGCCUACAAUGCCAUGCCCUCCGGAUUGAUGCCAGAAACUUUCUUCCUGUCGGCAUGCCAUUUGGGUAUCGAUGAGCCAAAUCUAGGGAAAUGUGAGUGGAAUGAUGACAAAUGGUAUGAAGCCAUUGCGCAGAGAACCUCUUCGAAUAAAGAGACCGAGAACAUGUCUGGCGUCGAGCGCGGCAAAUACGUUGCCAAGAAGAAGCCCAUCUUCCCUGGCUUUACUGACCACACUGACAACCGAUAUAUACUGCGACCGGAAGCUAUUGAAUCUAUCUUCAUCCUGUACCGAAUCACCGGCGAUCCUGCCUUGCCAGCGGUCGCAUGGAAGAUGUUUAAGGCAAUUGAUGUCCAGACACGGACUCCCAUUGCUCAUGCUGCAGUCCACGACGUGCGGAAACCGAUUACUGAGAAGAGCGAUCGAAUGGAGAGCUUUUGGCUCGCCGAGACACUCAAGUACUUCUAUCUCAUUUUCAGCGAGCCGUCCGUGGUAAAUCUCGAUGAGUGGGUGCUGAAUACUGAAGCACAUCCUUUCCGAAGACCAGUAGGCUGA